AUGCCUUCAACAUUCGUUGUAGGUGCUUCGGCAGUUCUUAUACUUGUAUAUGCUAUCCGAGCUAUACUUUUCCGACCCAAAAAGUUAGGCUUUCCAAUCGUGGGUAAUCCCAGUGAUGCCGAUUUUAGAGCUGCGUUGCUUGAAGGGACUGCCAAAUAUCCUACAACCCCCUACAUCCUCCCCAGCAACCCCCCAACAGUUAUUCUACCCUUGAGUAUGCAUGAUGAAUUACGCAGUCUCCCCGAAAAAAAAGUUUCUUUCCAGAGAGAAAUAUACCGCAUGUUCCUUGGCAGGCACAGCAGUAUUGGCGAAGACACUGUCCCAAUCACCAAAGCCGUCAAGACAGAUUUGAAUCGUCACGUAGCAUCUAGUCUUGAAUCUCUCCAAGAAGAAUCACGCUUUGCAUUAGAUAAAGAAUUAGGCACGUGUAAAAAUUGGACUCAAGUUGCUGUGCACGGAAAAAAUCUCAAGAUAGUUGCACUUCUCAGCGGAAGUGUCUUUGUGGGAAGACCCCUGAGCCGAACUCAAGAGUGGAUUAAUAUUAGUACUCAAUUUACGGAGGAUGUAGUACUAGCAAGAAUGAGCUCGGAGAAAUAUCCAGCGUGGCUUAGAUCUUUCGUGCUCCACUUCUUACCAGAGAUCAGGAAGGGAGGGAGAAGGAGGGAACAAAGUGACAAAUCCAACGACGAUCAGGGCACAGCUGUUAGUUGGCUUAUGAAAUGGUCGAGUGGAAAGAAAAAGGAGGAUCCGUUUACUUUGGCGCAACAUCAACUCGGCUUGUCUUUUGCUGCUAUUCAUACAACAGGCACAGCUCUCACACACAUGUUAUUCGAUUUAGCAGCCCAUCCACAAUUCAUCGCGCCCCUUCGCGAGGAAAUCGAUCAAGUUCUGGCAGAAGAUGGAGCGGAAGAUGAUGGCAGCGGGAUCAAAUAUUUGAAGAAUCAAUCAUUACCUAAAUUGAAGAAACUGGAUAGUCUCCUUAAGGAAAGCCAGAGGCUCAAUCCUAUUGAAUUGGUCUUCAACAUUCGUGCAACAACCUCGCCUGUUCGCCUCCCUACUGGUGAAACCCUCCCUACUGGAACACGUAUGGCAUUCGAUGCCCACACAAUCAACACGUCCGUUCCGAAUGUUUCUUCUCUUCCUCAUGAUCCUUCCAGUAUCCCGGCACUUGAUCCUCCCGAAGUCUUUUCGCCAUUCAGAUGGUCGACGCUACGUGAAAUACCGGGGAAUGAAUCGAAAUAUCAGUAUGUGACGACGGGUAAAGACAGCGUUAAUUUUGGACAUGGGAAUCACUCAUGCCCCGGUCGUUCCUUCGCAACCAUAGAUCUUAAAUUCUUAAUGGUGGAAAUAUUGAAAAAUUGGGACUUCAGAUUAGUGGGUGAUGAAGAGGGAAAAGGGGGAGAGAGGCCUAGGAAUCAAAUUCAUACUAUGACGAUUAGUCCAGACAUGACUGCUAAGCUUGAGUUUAAGAGAAGGGUUGUUUAA